AUGGAUACUAUUUCUGAAGACACUCCUUCUUAAUCUUAUAUAAAGGAUGCAUCCAUGUAAGAGAAAACAGAUAAUCCUUUAAAUUAGGAAAAAUAAGAAGCUUGUUAUUUAAAGAGAAAAGUAAAAGCAAUUUAGAAUAUAUGCGAAAAAUACUAAAUUUUUUUAUAGUUUUUAUUGGGAAUAGAUUUAAACAAACACUAAAUUGAUAUACUUCAAUAGAUGUGGGGUAAUUUUAGUAUGGAAACAUAAGAGACUUAGCUUCCUGAUGCGAUAAUAAAGUUCAUAAUUAUUAUAUAAAUAGAUUUCCAAAUCCUGAUUAUGGAAAAUCAAAUUCACAUUCAAUAUCUGGAAUUGAGGGUUUUGAAUUAAUAAAGACAUUGAUAAAAUUUAAUAAAGGUAGUAUAGAGGAGAAAAUAUUAUUAAAAGCAUGUGAAGGUGUAUUAUAAAUUUUGGAUGAUUCAAAAGAAGGUUCAAAAAAUGGUCGUAGAAAAUUAUUUAGAUAGAAGGUUAGAAGAGAGAAUUAAUUUAUUUAAUUUGAAAAUACUGAAGAAUCAAAAAGAUUAGAAACUAGUGCAACAAUUAAUGAAGAGGAUUAGAAAGAAAAGUUAAAGGAUUAACUUAUAUUAAAGCUUAGUAAUAGAUUAACAGGAAGUUGGUAAUUUGAUUCAGAUUAGAAUUAAAUUAAUGAAGCAUUUGAAAUAGAUUAUAAAUUGUUGAAAUUCUUAUCUAAUAAAAAAGUAAAUUAAGGAGGUUACCUAAUUAAAUAUGAUAAUGAAUGGCAUAGAACAAAAAGAGAUACAAAAGAUUUUUCAACUUUAAUAAGAAAUUUGAUAUGUUUAAUUUUAUGCAGAUAAGGAUAUUAUACACAAUAAUUUUUAUCAAAAAACGGAAAGUAUAUAUUUUGUUCUUUGUUUGCAACAGAAGAAAGUUUAAAAAUUUAAGCAGAAUCUUAAGGACUUUUUAAACUAUUAAAUAUUUAGUUUAUAGAUUUAUUUUCAUUUGAACCUCUUGAUAAAAGUUAUAGACCUCUUAGAUUAAAUAAUAGAUUAUGGAAACCUUAAAAUUAUAAAAAUCUAUCUUAAAUGUUUAUGUACUUUAGACCAAUUUUAGUUGAAUUAAUAAAAGAAAUAGAUUUCAAAAGAAUAGCUAGAGAAGUUAAUUAAAGUGGAAUAAAUUAGAAAUUAUUUAAUUAUGGAUUAGAUAUGUAUGAUGAUUAGGAUUGUCCUUCAGAUUAAGAAUGGGCAGCUUACUAUUUCUUUUUGACUCAUCUACAUUAAUAAAUUAAUGCUACAAGAUAAAACUUUUUAAUAAAUAAUGAUAUUGCAGCAUUAAUUAAUAAAUAGAUAACACCAUUAGAAUUAUAUUUAAGAAGAGCAUAAUCAGAAAAUUAGAUUAACAUAGAUAUGCAUUUAUAUAAAACAUAUUAUUAAGAUCUUGAAGAAAUUAAGAAUUAAAAAAUUAAUAAACUAAAAAAAUAGGUAAAUGAUGUAAUUGAAGAAUAUAAGAAUAUUUUUAAUUUAACUACUAAUCCUUAUACAAAAUUAAUAAAAGUAUUAAAAAAAGAAUAAUUAGCUAAGAAAUAUUUGGAGAUAUUUAAAGAAUCACUUAAAGUAGCAAAUAACGAAAAAAAAUAUUUAAAAUGUUUAUGGGAUUUAGUUUAUUUAGAUCAUCCUUUAAAUAUGAAAACUAAAUAUUCAAAUCCAUAAGCAGAUAGAUCAUUACAUCAUAAACAUUGUUAGUUGAUGUGUUGGAAAAAGUAUUAAUUAAAUUAAGGUGAGAAAGUAACAAUAUUUUAAUCAUCAGAAAGAUUGAGAUUAGCUUAUUUAAAUAUAUUUUAAAGUUUUAAUAUCUCUUUACUUAAUUAAAAAGGUUUAAUUAAAUAAUUAUUUUGUUUACAUGAUAAUUUUGAAUUAUAUGGCAUUUAUUAUUCCUCUUAUGAAAAUUUAUCUAGAAAUAGAGAAUAAUUUUAUUAAGAAAAAUUAUUUGAUAUUGCAACCUAAUUGAAAUUUCAUUUAUUAAAUCCAAUGAAAAUGAAAUUUGAUUUAUUAUGUUAAUAUUUUGGAGAAUCUGUAGGUACAUACUUUUAUUUUCUAUGCUUCUUUUCUUAAAUGCUUUUGUAUUAAAAUUGCUUAGGUUUACUUUAUUAUCUAAUUUAAAUACCAUCCAAUUUAUAAUAAUAUUUAAGUAUUUUAGAAAUUAUUUAUCUUGUUUGCUAAUUAUAGAUAACAUCACUUUAUACAUCAAAAUGGGAAUAAUAAUUAAAAAUAUUCAAUUAAUCUUAUGGUGUAAAUAGUCAAGAGGAUAUAGAUACAACUUCAAAUAAAUAAAUUGGAGAACCCAAAAGAUCCCUUAUUAAUGAUUAAAUGAAUGUACCUUCAAUCAAUGAAUUAGAUUAAAUAUUUAGGGAAUGUAUUUCUAUGUUAAUUUUUAUAUUAAUUUAGUUACUAUACUCAAUCAUAUUUAUAGCUCUUUAUUUUUUAUGUGCAUGGUUUCAGUCUCUAUUCAAUAAGACUCCUACUAUUAAUAAUUUUGAAAUUAUAAUUAUUGCUAUUUUACAUUUAAUUCUUAAUAAAUUAUACACAUAUCAUGCAUAGAAAGCAAUUUAAUAAUUAGUUGAUUUUGAAUAAUAACGUACUAUUUAGGCUGUAAAAUAAAGUUACAAUUUAAAACUCUAUUCUUUUUCAAUCAUAUAAUAAUUGGGGCCUCUUUUGAUUUUGAGAUUCUUUAAUCAAUCAUUUUAAUUAGUUUGUGAAUCUGAUUCUUGUGAAUAGUAUAUUGGAUAUUACUUUCUUACUUAUAUAAUUAUAAAGAGUGUUGAAAAAUUAUGUGUUUUUCUAUUUAAUUUUUAUUCUUUAAGAAGAUAACCUUUGUUUAUAUACAAAUUUUAAUAACAUGAUAUUAAUGAGUAUAUAGAAGUUUAAUCAAAGAAACCUUCUAAUAUAAAAGAUCAAUAUUUCAAUUGUAUAGAAGAAAACUUAUAAUAAAAUAUGGUUGAGUUAACUAUUUUAACAUAUUUUGCGUACAUCUAUCCAAUUACAUACUUUAUGUAAUGGCUUUUGUUUGUAGUUUAGAUAUAUGCUGAUAAAGCAUAAUAUCUAUAUUAUUAUUAAAGACCUUGGCCAUAAAUAGACUGUUUUGUUAAAGUUUGGAAUAAUAUAUUAUAAUAUAUUAUAUUAUCUAGUGUAAUAAUAUCUAGUUAUGGUUUAUCUAAUUCACUUGUUUUUGAAAAUAAAAGUUAGAUAUUUGUAUUUGUUUCAUUUAUGCUACUUAGUUAUACAUUAAAUUUUGUAUAUUAAGUAUGGUAUUCAGAAACACCUUCAUAUUUAUAAAAAUUAAAUUUAAGAUAAAAAUACUUAGUGAAAUCAACACUUGAGAAAUUUAAAAAAAAGAAUAAAACUAUUAAUUUUGUAGAUAAUUAAAAUUUGAAAAGAAUGCCAAUCUAUAAAUUUUAUGGUUUAAAACUCUAAGAAUAAGUAGAAUAAUUUGAAACAAUGAGUUCUGAUAGUGAUUUAGAAAAAUAUUAUAUAAGAAAUGAAGAAAUGGAAGAACCAAUUUUAUAAGAUGAAGAUAUAAUUAUUUAAAAACCAAAAUUGAAAAGUAGAAUAAGAAAAUCACCUAUUUUUGUAAGAUCUUCUAGUUUUUAUGAAAAAUUUAUGAUUCAAAAAAAGAAGAAAUCUAAAAAUGAAGAUAAUAUUUAAAAAGUAUUUCAUAAAGUUAAUUUAUUACUUAAUUAUCAUAAAUCAUGGACUGAUUUAAGAAUAAUUUAAAGAAAUUAUUAUAUACCUAGAAAGAAAUAGUUUAUUAAAAAUUUUGAUAUCUUAAGAUAUAAUAUAAUAUAAAAAAGUUUAUAAACAUAAAAAUCUUAAGCAAAAUAAUUCAUAUAAAAAUUUUAUAGAAAAAAGAUUGCAAAAUUAAAAGAUUCAAAAGAAGAACAUGAUAUAAAAGAAUUGGAAGGAAUUUAUGAAAAAAUGAGAAAAUAUUAUAAUAAACAUAAAUGGUUAAAUGCUUAAAAAUUUAUAUUCAUUAAAAUCAAAAAAGCUGUAUGGUUUAAUAGAUUUAGAAAGACAUCUAUUAGAUUAAAUUCGAAAAUUUUAAUUCAUGUCUUUUAAAAAAGAUUAUCAGCUAAAUAAUAUCCAGGAGAAGAAACAAAUUUUUAACAUUUUGAAAAAAAUAAUAAAGGUUUUGAAUUUAAAGAGGUUUCUUUAUAAAAUAUAAUUAAUUUUAGUUAAUAAUAUACUUAAAAGUAAUAAUUUUAAUUAUUUUAGUAAUGUUAAAUUGAUACCAUUAUCAGCAGGAAAUACAAAUCUUAAAUAUUAUUCAGCAUCUUAUAAAAAGUCAAGUUAUUUUAAGGAUGUAAUAGAAAAAGUAAGAGAUACUUAUAUAUUUGAUACUUAAAAAUUAAUAUUAUAAUCUAUAAUGAUGGAAUAUUUUGAAGAGGAAAUGUUUACAAUCCCUGAAAUCAAUUUUGUUAGAUAAUUAAAUGAUACAAUGUGGUUAGCUAAUAUAAAUGAAAAGAAAUAACCAUAAUUAAUAUAAUUUUUAUAAUUGAAACAUGGAUAGAAAUUGAAAUACUUACAAUCCAUCAAUGAGGAUAGAGGUAUUAGUUAUAUUUAGGGUGAAUGUUAUACUAGAUUAUCUAAUCACAUUGAUAAGAUUGAUGAUUUUUAUGUUAAAGGAUAUUGUGUAAUAGUAUAUGAAUAAUCACCAAUUACAACAUUAGAAAAUGUAAUUAAAUAUCGAAAAAAAUACCAUUUAAAUUAUAGUUAUGAUGAAAUAUUGUCAUUCUUUUAUGAUAGUUUACUUUUAUUACUUAGAGAAUAGCAUGGUGAUAUUUCAACCAAAAAUUAUUUAUUAGAUAAUAAAAGCUAUUAUUUAGGAAAUGCAAUUAAACCAGAUACAGAUAAUGAUUUAUUUUGUUUAGCAAAAGUCCUUAUUUCUAUGAUUACUUUAACAUCAUUUAAAAAUUCAUUAAAUUCUUUAGCUGAUAUGGAAAAACAUGAUCUUUAUGAUAUAAUAAUUAAAAUGCUUAAUGGAAGCAGUAACAUAAGUGAACUUUUAUCAUUUUUAAAGUAUUAAGAGAAAUUCUAAGAGAGUUUCGUUGUAGAGAGAUAAGAAAAUAAUGAAAAUCAAUAGUGUGAUUUCUCUGAAUAUUUAUAGUUGACUUUGCAUAGAGGGAAUUUUUCAUUAAGAAUGAAAUAAUAUGAAAAAGGUUUAAUUUACAUACAUUAAUUUGAAUAGAUAUUACAUAGAUAAAUAUAUAAAUGUGGAAAUAAUGCUUCAGAAGCCUUUUAAGGAUAUGUAAUUAAUAAUUUUAUGAAAUAUUCUAUUUGUCAUAAUGAUAUGGAAGAAAUAAUAUAAAUAACAAUGGUUUUUUAUAUUAAAUUUUGUAUUCAAAUGCAAAUUAAAACAAGACGUUAUAAUCAUUCUAUAUAUAAUAUAAAUAAUAUUUAGGAAAAUACUAAACAUAGUAAUCAAUUAAAUUAAUAAUUUGAUAUAAUUUAUAAUUGCUUAGGAGAUCUAAUUAAAAAUCUAGAUCUUGUUCUUAUUUAAUUAUAAAUUAAUAUCAAUUUAGAAUAAAUAACAAAAUAAGAAGCUUAAGCAUUAUUUGGAAUUACUAAGAAUUAAUCUGGGAAUGUAAUAAAAUUAAAGCAUUUUGAAAGAAUUUAACUUAUUAAUUAAUUAAGAUUAAAUAAAAAACUUAUUGAAAAUUUAUUUUAAUUUCGAAAAACUAUUCGAAGGUUUUAAAAUUAAUUUAAUGCACUUAAUAGUUUAUCACAUUAUUUUAAAAUGGAAAUGCCAAUUGCAGCUAAAAAAAUAGAUGAUUGUAUUGAAAUUUAAAUGGAAUUAAUAAAAUCAAAGAAUUAAUUAGAAUUAACAAAAGAAUUAAAAGAUUUAAGUCCUGAUCUUUAUAAUUAUAAUUAAAUGUCACCUAAAGAAAAUAAAAUAGAUGCUUUUACAUUUUAAAUCAAUUUUUCUAUGAGUUAAUUUUGUUAAGAUGAUCCAACAUAUUUUCAUCAACUUCUUUAUUAUUAUUUUCUAUAAAUAGUAAUAUGGCAUGAUUCUGAAAAUGAUAUUUAUGAAAGAAAAGCAAAAAGCUUUUUAUUAAUGGGAAUUGAGAAUUCUCCAACUUAUGAAUAUUUUUGUAGUUAUCUUAAAAGUAUUACUUUUGAUGAAAUACCUAUUUAAUAUAUACAAAAAGAAUAAGAAUGUGAAAUUGGUAAAUUUGAAUGUGUAAAAUUAUAAAAAUGGAUAGAAUAAACCUAUUCUUAUUAAUCAGAAUAUAUAUUAUCUACUAACUUUUAGUAUAUGUGGAAAUAAGUUUUGACAUAUAGUAAUCUUAAUUAAAAUAUACAUAAUAAAUAAAUUUUGCAUGAAGAAUUAAAAAUCAAUCCUAAAGAUUUAAAAGUCUAACUUUAUCUUAUAAGAAUUAUUUAAUAAAUUUUACAUUUGGAUUGUUAUUUUCCAUUAAAUUAUAGAAUUUCUCAAUUAAAAUAUCAAGUAGAUCAAAUAGAUAGAGAUAUUUAUAGUAAUUCAUAUAUUGCAUAAUUAUAAAGACUUCAUCAUUCAAUUACUAUUCCUUUUGAUUCAUGGUUUCAUAGUAAUGGUUUAUUAUAAUUCAGAUUGUAUCACAUUUAAAGCAUAUUUUUUGCAUUUUCUCCUAAACAUAUAGAGAAUUUAGAAAAUACUGAAAAUUCUUUAAGAGAAUUAGCUAGAAAUGCAGUUAGUGUAUUAAAUCUAUAAAAAGAUAAUAGAGAUAUCUUAAUGAAAAUUUAAUAAAUUUUAUUAGAGGAUACACUAUUAUUAAUUGAUGUAAAUCUAAAGAAAUAAUAAUUAUUUUAAAUUUUAUAUUCUUAUUUACUUUUAAAAAUACAUCAAAAUUAAGAUCUAGUUUAAACAAUCAAAAUAAUAUAAAAAGAAUAGGCAAUUAAUAUAUAACCAUCUAUUAUUAUCUUAAUGAUAUUACAAAUAUUACUUUAAUAAUAAUAAUAUGAUUAAAUGGAAUUUUUAAUUUAAUUUUGUAAAAAAUCUAUUUCAACUAAAUCAAUUUUAUUUGCAUAAAUGCAUGAAAAUUUUGAAAAUGAUUUAAACAUUAUGGCAUUAUAUAUACCAAACAAAAAAAUAGAUUUAAAUUUCAUAGCUCCUUAUGAUUCUUUAUACUAAAGAUCUCAUAGUGUUAUAUUUUAUGAUGAUAUUAAUAUUUAUUCAAGACAUCUAAUACAUCAUUUCUUUUAUUUUUAAAAUUUUUUUGAAGUAAUUGAAUAUUUUGAAGAUAAUUUAAAUUAAAUAGAAAAUAAUAGAGAAUUAACUCAUUUGAAAUAAUUAUAUGAGAACUUUUUAAUUUACAUUAGAGUUUCUAUUGGAAUUAUAAAAUAAGAAAAAGCAUAAGAUUUUAUAUUAAGUAUUCAUUCAUAAAUUUAAGAUGAUAAUAAUACAUUAAUAGCAGCAAUUAAUAAGCAUAUUCUUAUUCGUAUUUAUUUAAAUUAAAAAGAAUAUCAUGUUGCUUUGCAAUAUUCAUAUUAAGUACUUUAAUUUUUUUAUGCUUAUGAAAAUAGUAAAUAAAUAACAUUAGGGGGUGAUUUUUAGAAUAAACAUUAUAAAAGUUUGUCUAAAUUUCAAGGGAUUUUAUCAAAUUUUCUUCCUAAAGAUUUAGUUCGUAAAACUUAGAUUAAUUAAUAAUCAAAUGAUGUUUAUUAUUGUCAUUUAAUUGAUGAUGAAUUUAUUUGUGAAAUAAUUUUGAAUCAUAUAGAUAUUUUGACAAAUAUACAUUAAUUUAAGUUUUCUUUUUUUUAAGUAUUAAAUUUAUUGGAUAAAAUAAAGAAUUAUUAUUAGAUUGCAUAUUUGUAUAAACUUUUAUCUUUAAUAUUCUUAGAGAAUAUGAAUUUAGAAAAAUAAUCUUUAGUUUAAUAUGAUUAAUAAAUUAUGAAUGAAGCAAAAGAGAUUAUAAGAGAAAGAAAACUAUUAAUUAAUUGUUAUUAAUCUUUUAAGCAUUAACACACAUAAUAAGAAGUUAUAGUUUACAAUUAAUAAUUAGCAAAAUUAACAUUUAAAUAAAUAGUUUAUUAAAAAUUUGCUAAAAAACCAGCAAAAGAGGAUUUAUUGUUCUUAAUUUAAUUAUCAGCAGAAAAAGCUUUAGAAUUCUUUUAAAUACUUUCCUAAUAACAAAAAAUAACAAACCAUAUAUUUUAUAUAAAUAUAUAUUUGAUUUUAGCUGAAUGUCAUUUGAAUUAACUUAAUUUUACUUAAGCCUUAGCAAAUGUAGAUUUGGCAGAAGAACAUACUAUUGAAAUUUAUGGAAAAGCUUGUCAUCCUCAAAUAGGGUACUUACUUUUAUCAAGAGUAUUAUUUCGAAAAAAGUAGUAAGAGUUAUAAAUUUAAAUUGUUAAAGAAUUAAAAUAAAAUAACUUUUUUGAUAUAAGUUAGAUUAAGACAAUAACUCUUCUAUUGAUAUAAGAAAAUAAAACAAUAACUUAUUGGAUAGAUAUUUAUAAAAGGAGUAGAGAUGUAUAAACAUUUUUUAAGAAUGUAAAAGAUGUUAUGAAAUUGAACUAAAACUUUUGUGAUAAUUUUUUAUUUUCUGAUGAAAGUUGUUCUGUUGAGGAUAUAUUCAGAGAAAUAACUAGAUUAUUUCCAUCUCUUAAUUAUAUUUCUGCACAAAGCUAUUUAAGUGUAAAAUAUUAUCAUAAAUUUAGGCCUCUCAUCAUUUUAUAUAUUUAGAUGAAAAUAAUCAAUAUCGUUAACAAAUCAAUCAAUUACUUAAUAAUCAUAUUUGA